UUGAUGAACGGCCGUGAUUUCGUCGCAGCGCUGUUCCUUUCUUUCAGCGUGUAGGGGCCACCGCCCACCGGUGUGCUUGAGCGUGCGCAUCUCAGCGAGAGAGAGAGAGAGAGAGAGAGAGGACGAGGAGGAGGAGCCGGGGAGCAGGCGAGCAGAGCAGAGAUGGAGGCGUUCAGGAAGCAGGCGAACAAGUUCAAGGAGCAGGUCGCCAAGCAGCAGCAGGCUGUGAUAAAACAAUUCAGCACUACUGGUUACGAGCGUUCAGAUUCUGUUGUCAUUGAUGAAGUUGAAUUACAGCAACAUCAAAGGCUUGAGAAAUUGUACAGUUCUACUCGUUCUGGAAGGGAUUUCCAAAAGGACAUAGUUCGAGCAGCUGAAGGCUUGGUGUCUAUUGGAAGCAAGCAUAUUGAAGUGGGAACAAAAUUUUCUGAGGAUUGCUAUAGAUAUGGAGGUGAAAAUAAUGCUGAUGGUGAAGCUCUUACAAAAGCCGCAUCACUGUAUGGAGGUGCUUUGAGAAAUGUUGAAAAAGAGUAUGAAGAUUUCAAUAGAACUUUAUGUUCUCAGAUCAUAGAUCCAUUGAAGGCGAUGGCUGUGUGCGCUCCCCUGGAAGAAGCUCGUGGUUUUGCACAACGUUAUAGCCGGAUGAGACAUGAAGCUGAGAUACUCUCUGCUGAAAUUGCUAGAAGGAAGGCACGGGUAAGAGAAUCUCCAGUUGCUGAGCACACUACAAAACUUGAGCAAUCUGAAGGUAAGAUGAUAGAGCACAAAGCAAGCAUGGCUGUGUUGGGAAAAGAGGCUGUUGCUGCACUUGGUGCUGUUGAAUCUCAGCAAAAGAGGGUAACUCUUCAGCGCCUGGUUGGCAUGGUAGAAGCAGAGAAGUUGUUCUAUUUGAGGUUAGCUGCCAUACUUGAUGAUGUUGAAGCUGAGAUGUCAUCUGAGAAGCAAAAGAGAGAGUCUGCACCUCCUUCCCGUAAGCGUGCCGAGAUGGCCCAGUACUUCCUCGCCGAGGCAGUGCAUAACUUCAAUGGUACCACGGAGAAGGAACUGAGCUUAAUUGUUGGUGAUUAUGUUGUUGUUCGUCAGAUUGCUCCCAACGGUUGGGCGGAAGGGGAAUGCAGAGCGAAGGCAGGGUGGUUUCCGGCUGCCUAUGUCGAGAGGCGCGAGAAUAUCCCCCCGAAUAAAGUCUUCCCGCAGGCAUAGUUGGCGACUUAGUUUCUAAAAUGCUUCUAGUGGUUGUCAUGUAGAUUCGCGCUGUUUUCUCUGCAAGAACUUGGUAUUUGUUUGUUGUAUAUUAUCGUGCACCUCCCACGAGUGGUUCAGAACAUGCCAGUUGCAAUGUGAGCUGCUUCCUUUCCAGUGUAAA